AUGCCAUCAUGUGUUAUGGAAUAUCCCUCUGGCCAGUUUUUACCAACUGUCCUGGCUGUGUCCUCUGCCAGUUCCUUGUACACCCCAGUCUCUGUGCUGGUGUGGUGGGAUGAACUGGCAUCAGAUUUGGGCAGGCACAAGAAAAAUCAAAACUUCUGUGCUGGUCCAGACUGGAAGGCACCAUCCUCUCCCCCAUCACACCAGGCUCAGAAGAUGCAGGUGAAGCUGCCUUGGGUGCAAGAACUGGGUCGUUCUGCCCAGCAUGCUCACAGGGGUCUGGUGAGAAAGGCUGCCCAGAAAGGAGCAAACUGUAAAAACAGCCACAGCGUUACUAUGGGAGAGGUGCAUGUGGAUGAAGGCUUUGACCUGAGGCAUGGUGACAGCCAGGACCAGCUUACUUCUUGGACUAAGUCAGGAGGGAGCUUUCUACACUUAGAAGUAGCAUGGAAGGUAACCCAGCAGGCAGCAGUGGCUGGAGAAGUCCUAAGACAGGCAGGGAAGGGCAUUCGCUCAGUGAGCAGGACCCACAGACUGGGACUCAGAGCUGUAAACAAGACUAAAAAGGAGUAUCAGUGCAUAAUGGAAAAGGGCAGUGAUGGAGGACAUCAGAGGAGGAUUGAUGGGAGCAAAACAGUAAGUGUGAAAGGGGCAAUGGAUCCCAGCCUAUGGGGAAGUGCACAUAAGAAGAGGAUAAAUAUGGCUUUUAAGGGCGAGGAUCACUUAGAUUCCCUUUCAUUACCAGUUCAGCGUAUGCAUUUAAUCCAGGUGGACUCUGUUCAGCGUUGGAUGGAAGAUUUGAAGUUGAUGACAGACUGCGAAUGUAUGUGUAUUCUCCAGUCCAAGCCCAUCAGCAUUGAGAAGGAUGAACAAAAUGAACUUAUGCUUUCCUCACAGUAUAGCACUUGUGAUAACUUGCAGCUUCUGUUAAAGAGAGCUUGGAUCAUAAGCACAGAAUUGACAAGGAUUGCUCAGAAGCUGGAGAAGAAUAGGUGGCAGAGAGUCCACAGCAUGACAGUAAGAGUCAACUGCCACGUGCGUUCAAUGAUAAAUGAGUACAAUACGUUCACCAGGAAUCCUUCAGAAGAAAUGCACCAGUUUGAAAAACUUUUAAUAGACAAGUGUUCAGAAUUUACAGCAUUCACAGAAAGGUGCAUACAGACUGAAGAUGAAGAGAUACUGAAGUCUAUGAAAUCUUGUAUUAAUGAAACACUCACCACCGUUGCCCAGUAUUUUGGCCAGUUGAUAGAGCUGGUUUUAACACAUGAGGCACAGAACCUGCUGAGACAAAUAGAGCUGUCAGACAGUGUGCACGUCACCGAGUCGGCGAUUAGCAGUUUGUUCAGCCUUACCCAGGAAGGUGCCCAUCUGUGCCGUAUCAUAGCUAAGGAAGGAGGUGUAGUCACUCUCUUUAAGAUCUGUCGCCAGGAUUGUUUCAGAUGUCUUUAUCCCCAGACACUGAGAACCUUGGCAUCAAUUUGCUGCGUAGAGGAAGGGAUGCACCAGCUGGAAAAGGUUGAUGGGAUACUGUGCCUGGCUGACAUUCUCACUGAUAACAGCCAUUCUGAAGCUACUCAUGCUGAAGCAGCAGCAGUAAUUGCACAGAUCACAUCUCCACAUCUCACAUUCACUCAGCAUCUCAGCAGCUUUCUGGAAAAUAUGGAAGAAAUUGUGACUGCGCUUGUCAAACUGUGCCAAGAAGCUUCGUCAGGUGAAGUUUUCUUGCUGGCUUCAGCAGCUCUUGCCAAUAUUACUUUCUUUGAUACCAUGGCUUGUGAAAUAUUGCUCCAGUUAAAUGCAAUGAAGAUUCUUCUGGCAGCAUGUUCGGACAAACGCAUAGUGGAUACUCCAUAUUCUCGAGAUCAGGUGGUAACAAUAUUGGCAAACAUGUCUGUUUUGGACCAGUGUGCUUCAGAAAUCAUUCAAGGAAAUGGUAUUCAACUUUUAAUGGAAAUGCUCUUUGAAAAAUCAUCUUCAGGAAGUUCAGCAGAAGUUGCUGCUUGUGAGCGAGUCCAACAGAAAUCUGCAGUAACACUGGCACGACUCAGCCGGGAUCCUGAAGUGGCAGAUGCAGCUGUAAAACUCAGCUGUAUUCCUCGCCUAAUUAAACUUUGCAGAUCACCAACCGAAAGAAAUAACAGCGAUUCUGUUCUAGUGGCAUGUCUGGCAGCCUUACGAAGACUAGCAGUUAUGAGUCCUGAAGGACUUGAAGAUUCAGAUUUUCAGCAGCUAGUAAAGCCCAGACUUGUGGACUCUUUUCUGUUAUGCACAAAUAUGGAAGAGAGCUUUGUAUAAAUGUGAGCCAAAAAUGAUAAUCAACAUGAUAAGUAUACAGUAAGAUAAUACAGAUACAAUUUUAUUUUUUUUUUAGUCCUGUUGUUAUUUAUGACUUAUUUAUUCUAAACCCAUGAACAUGCAUUUUGUAAGAGAAAAGGAACAGAAUGAGCAGACUUGUUUCAGUGAUUUGCAAAGACAAUUUUUUAUUUUAUUUUCCUACCAAGACACAUCAACAGACCUUAUCAUUGCCAUCUAGCAAA